AUCGCCUUUGUUACACUCUCCUUUGUCACAUGAUCGGACCCAGACGCUGGGAAAUGAUGCAACUGUACGGUGGAGUGGAGGGAGGAGCAACUAGAUCGAAUGUGGUGCUUAUUGAUGCAAAUGGGAAGAUCGUGUCCAAGGUAGAUGGUCCAGCCACCAACCACUGGCUGGUUGGAGUGGACAGAUGUUUAGAAAGCAUCAAUAAUAUGGUCCAGGAAGCCAAGGUAGCAGCCAGGGUUGAUCCUAACAUACCGCUCAAGUCCUUGGGAAUGACUCUGAGUGGAGGGGAGCAGGAAGAGGCUGUUGUCAAAUUGAUUCAACUGCUAAAAGAGAGGUUCCCAACACUGAGUGAGAAUUACUGCAUCACUACAGAUGCUAUCGGGGGGCUAUCAACUGCCACCAAUAUGGGCGGAAUUGUGUUGAUCUCAGGAACUGGUUCCAAUUGCAAACUCGUCAAUCCAGAUCGAUCGGUGGUAGGCUGUGGAGGUUGGGGUCACCUGAUCGGAGACGAGGGAUCAGCUUAUUGGAUAUCUCACUUGGCUAUAAAGAUCGUGUAUGAUGCUAUUGACAACUUCAAGCACACACCAUUCAACACCUGCCUGGUAGAGGAGGCCAUGUACAAUUACUUCCAGGUAUCUGAUCGAAUGGCCCUCCUCACUCACCUGUAUCGUACCUUUGAGAAGUCCAAAAUUGCUGGAUUUUGUCGAAGGUUAGCAGAAGCGGCAGCUGCUGGAGACCAUUUAUCUUGUCAUAUCUUCAGAAGAGCAGGUCAGGAACUUGCCCGGCACAUUGUGGCUGUGCUGCCAUACGCAGACAAGAGGCUGCAUGAGGGGGAGCUUGGUCUACCUAUAGUCUGUGUGGGAUCCGUGUGGAACAGCUGGAACCUCCUGAGAGAUGGAUUUCUGGAGGUGUUGCAGGAAGCCAAACAAAAGCCGAUGGGAAGGAAUCUACACAAAUUUACCAUGAUGAAACUGAAAUACUCUUCAGCGCUGGGUGCAGCCAGUCUUGGUGCCAGACACAUUGGCUACAAUUUACCAAUGAACUAUGCAGAAAAUGUAGACAUCUUCUUUCAACACUUAUUCGGUGUCCACUAACUUAUAUAUUGUUUUGACAACAGAAUGAUUGACUUUGGCCAUUGAGGUCAUCCUUAUAACUCAGGAUGUGACAUUGUUCAACAUGCUUUUUUUUUAAUUGACCGGUUUUGUAAAUGUUCCGUGACCCAAAAAAAAUCAAUUUAUUCGA